GCGGCGGUGAUGCAGGUUUAGUGGUUUCUGACUUUAGUAGUUAAUGUGGCAGCAUUGAGUGUGUUAGCGAACCGGUGUACACGUUUAUAUAUUUAAGUAACGACAGUCAGUGUAUAGUCAUAAUUCGUGUCAUAUACUUAUAAGCAGCAAUUGAGGAAUCGCGCCUUUCGUGUGGAUUAAUAUUGUCUUGAAGAUAAUACAAAAAGAACAUGGGGCGGUAGGCGGUGUUGAAAUGAUUCUCUGCGAGGAUUCGUAACCUAAACUAUUUAUUUAUUUUUCACCGUUUCCCCCACUUUGGAUUCCUUUUAUAUACCGUGGGAACGCCGGAAAACAACCGGACAGAGGGGCUGAGAGGAUGGACCAGGCGAAUAUAUUGAGAAAGUUCAUCCAGGGGGUAUGUGUUAUGCGAGAGGGCGACCAGAAAGGAGAGGAUAACUUCGGCAGUGACUUUAUGAGAUUACGGAGAUUAUCGACCAAGUACAGGACGGAGAAGAUCUACCCCACCAACGUUGGGGAGAAGGAGGAGAACGUCAAGAAGAACCGCUACAAAGAUAUACUGCCUUUUGACCACACAAGGGUAAAGCUGACGAUGAAAAUAACAAAUCAGGAUUCAGAUUACAUCAAUGCCAACUUCAUCAAGGGAAUAGAUGGUCCUGAGGCUUACAUCGCUACCCAGGGCCCGCUGCAAAACACUGUCCUGGACUUCUGGAGAAUGAACUGGGAGUACAAUGUAGCGGUCAUUGUAAUGGCGUGUCGAGAAUUCGAGAUGGGAAGGAAAAAGUGUGAGCGGUACUUUCCACUGUUGGGUGAUGAGCCCAUGUCUUUCGGACCCUUCAGAAUCUCCUGUGAGUCUGAGCAGACUAGACCAGACUACUUCAUAAGGUCUCUGACUGUGGAGUAUGACAAUGAGACUCGGAGGAUCACUCAGUUCCAUUACAUGAACUGGCCAGACCAUGACGUUCCGUCCUCGUUUGACUCCAUCCUGGACAUGAUUGGCCUGAUGAGGGAAUACCAGGAGCACGAUGAUGUACCCAUCUGUAUACACUGCAGUGCUGGCUGUGGUAGGACGGGGGCCAUCUGCGCUAUAGAUUACACAUGGAACUUACUAAAGGCUGGGAAGAUUCCGGAAGACUUCAAUGUGUUCCGGCUGAUUCAGGAGAUGAGAACACAAAGGCACUCUGCCGUUCAAACCAAGGAGCAGUAUGAGCUGGUCCACAGGGCUAUUGCUCAACUCUUUGAGAAACAGCUGCAGCUCCUGGACAGUCCUACCAACUCAGAGAUCCAAGAUGGCGUAGUGAGGACCACACUGCAUGAAGAGGGAAUCAGCCCAGAGAAGCCGGGACAUCACUCAGACGAGGACCGUUGGGACACGCCGCCUCCCAAACCGCCCAGAGUACGAAGCAGCCAGUUGGACGGGGACGUGAAAGAGGAGAUCCUCCAGCCCCCUGAGCCCCGCCCAGUUCCCCCCAUCCUCACCCCGUCGCCCCCCUCUGCCUUCCCCACCGUCACCAGCGUAUGGCAGGACAACGACCGCUACCACCCGAAGCCCACCAUCCACGUCCUGGCCUCGUCCCAGCCGCCGCAGAACCCCCAGAAUGCACCGCAACGACAGUCCCCCGACCUCAACGAGAACUACAGCAGGGCUUUGUCGGACAGUGGCCCCCCGGCGCAGGCCCCCUCCUCGCCCUCCCUGGCGGACGGGGCGGGACGGCUGGAGCGCAAGCUGAGUAUUGAGAUAAAGAAGGUCCCGUUGCAGGAGGGCCCCAGGAGCUUCGACGGCAACAGUCUGCUGCAAAGGUCCCACGCCUUCAAGGCUCGCGCCAACGCCCCCAGCUUCGGUCAGUCCGUGGACUCGGCGGCAGAGCGGGGGCCCCUCAAAACAGAGCACCUUGCGGCUGCCGACGGAGCGCCCCCGGCCCGGCCCAACCACCUGCCGCUCGCCGGGGAGAAGGGAGGCCAUGCCGACUGGGUCAGCCCGGUGAAGGCCCCCGCGCCGGAGGCUGGGCCGGAGGGCGCCCCCGUGGCAAACCCGACCCCCUCCCAGGCCCAGGCCCUCCCCGUCAGGACCGCUCUGUGCUUCACCAACCCUCUGCACUUGGACUGCCUGGACGUGGAGGGACACGGGGGGGGCGCCGGGGGAGGUCCCAGGGCAUCGUGGUCCUCCUCGGGAAUGGCCCCGGUCAAGGCGUCGUCCCUCGGCGACCCCCUGGCCACCCGAAAGGUGUCAUCCAUGUCCAUCGCCGGCCAGCUGCUGUCGACGGAAGCAGCAUCAGACAGUGACCAGAGCGAAGACUCGCCUCCCCCUCUUCCCGAGAGAACCCCAGAGUCCUUCAUACUGGCCACAGACCCUUCGGAGGUGAAGUCGCUGGGAUCCAAAGAAUGGAGUGGUUCCGUGGAGCCGUCAGGAAAACUAUCAGAUUCCCCUCAGGAGCAGCCGAGAACACAUGUGAUAGCUGAGACAGGCAUGUCGGGUGAGAGGAGUAAGAAGACCUUGGACUCCACAGUGGCAGAGGAAACCACACCAGAAGCCACAGAUAAAAAGAGCGCCUCAGAGAGAGGUAGCAUUUGGUAGCCGCUGCUUACAGCCCAAAGGCCCCAGGGAGCCUCCAGCCCAGUGGACAUGAUGCUCUUUUUCCUUAAUCCUCCACCCUUUCCCGGUCCCCUCUCCAGUCUCCAACUCUUUCUCCCUGCCGGGUCACCGUCUGUAGAGGAAAAUGCGGCCUAUGCCGUGUGUGGGGGAAGCAAAAUUCAGGGAUUGUUGAGUAAAUUCCCUGGUUUUCCCACUCCCUGGUUGGAGGACUCCCAGAAACAGGAGGGAAUAUGCAGGGAUUUCUUUGAAAAACAAGGACCUGAUUAAAAGUUCAGGGAAUUUUGCAACCCUAGUGCUUUCUCAUCCUUGGACAUGGCCACCUUUUCCUGAAUACCGGGGCGGUCCUAAAAGGGCAACUAUAUUCCCAGAGUUAAGUGCACUGUAAUAUUUGGCCAGAGAUUCAAGUGGCAUUUUUAUGAAGCCAUGGGUGAAAAACAGUGCCCUUUGUAGGGAGCAUGCUGCCUUUUAGGACGCCCCAUAAAAAAAAUCAAUCUGCAAACAAAGCAAUGUAGAUAAUCUACCCAGGAUGCAACGGUACACCUUCCUGCUGUACUCGUACUGCUUGCCGGGGCCUCUGUGUGCUGGUGCUAAUCUGUGUCCUAAAUGGCACCCCGUUUUCUACAUUGUGCACUCUGUUUCAACCGGGGCACUACAGCAGAGUAGUGCACUACACAGCGAAUAGGGAGCCAUUUGUGAUGCAGUGCUACCUUGUCCCCUUUCUCUCUGCUGGGACCAACAAAUCUGCCUUAUUCCAGUUGGCGUCAGUCCUCACUUCCACUUAAAGGUGGACUCCGUGGUAUGUACAGCGUGAACAGAACAGUUAAGGCUGGUGAACAGUAAUAUACAGCUUUGACUCAGUUUUGAUUGCCUCGAAGCAAACCUGCGCAGAGAUCCUGUGUGCAGCUGGGUGAGAGUGAAGUUUUGCCACUUGCUAAUGUCGGUAACUGCGAUGCUGCUAGUGAAGACGUAAUGUCGCUGAGCCAACCUUUAGGUUGACUUUCCACUCAGUCAUGCAUUAAAUAGGAAGUUAAGUGAGAUUUUGACUCUCGUUCAGAAAUGAUCCACCACACUCGAAUUGGAUCCUGAUUCCGUUGUCGGUUUUCCCGGGAAAAAUCCAUCACUUUCUUAGCUACUUCUGUACUUUUAAACUUGUAUUAUGACAAUACAGUAAGAAUACGUGUAUCAUUAGGGACGGAGGACUACUGUUUCGUUUUCUUUCAUUGUGUUUUCUUUGCUAACUUCUCAAUAGCUAUAUAUAUUCAUUGUUUUAUAAAUGUACAGGGCAACUAGGUAUAUAAUAUUUCAAAUUUGCUAUCUAAAUAUUCAUAUUAACAGAAGAUGUAAGAAGUUUGUGGAUGUUACGACGUCCCUCUUCUCCAACGUUCCUCCAACUGUAAAUUAUUUGCCCUCGUGUUCUAGCAAAUAUUGCAGGGUUGUUGUUUGUUAAAUUUUGUUAUAAUUGUUUUUAAUCGGCUGGACUUGGUAUAUAUCGCCCCCCACUGGCUGAGAUGUCAAACAGCCUCAAGAUUGUAAUAAUAACAAUGCUCUUUUUGUAAAUUGUAUUCUGAAAGUUAUUUUUGUAUAUGCGGUUUCCUCCCUCGUGGUCCCUGUCCUACUACACCAGCUUGUCCACCUGUUUUACCUGUCGGGUAGUAUUUAAUAUGCAGAAAUGGAAUGAAUAGAACACGAUUUCCCAUUCAAGUAAUUGAUUUUUGUUUCAUUCUAUUUACAUGUAUUUAAUCCGAUCUGAUAGAUGGACCAGUCCUGUCUGCCCAAAACGCUCCUGAUUUUCACUUCUAACUCAGACCUGGGACCUCUUUUGCAGCUGAAUUUGGCCCAGGUGAUUCGAAUCACCAGCCAGUUAGACACGAAUCAGUCAACCGACCAACGGCCAGGGUAGAAAAGAAAACCAGGAUUACGUUUAAGUUCAGGCCUGGAGUUACUUAAUUUCUGUAGGCCCUACAGUAUUAAUCAGGGAUAUUCAGCUCUGAUCCUGGUUGGAUGAAAACACUUCUAGGUUAAAUCCUCUACUCCUAUAAAUAAACAUCUCUUGUUUUCUUCCUCUUCAAACAAUUGACUGAAUCAGACCUGGACCACAAGCUGAAUGCAAUUAGAUACAACGUAGAAAAAAAAUAAUCUGAAGUGUUUCGACCCCCCAGGACCAAGAAUUUAAUAUCCCUGGUAUAAGUGUUACCACUAGCGUUUGUUUUGGACCCCCCCCCAGCGCUGUGCUCAGCCUCAUCCGUCUCUCCUUUAGGAAACCCUCACGUUCCCUAUAUAGCCUAGUGCACUACUUUUGACCUUCAGAAGAAAUGCAUUAUGUAUGAAAUAGGGUUAGUUUUAGGGUGUAGCCUCGCUCAGUAACACCCCUCCUUGUCCACCUACACCCACACAGAAAACAACUGUUUGUAUGUUUCCAAAAAUCAAUUGACCUGUCAGUAAACGGAGAAAAUACGUCAACUAAA